ACUAGCCUGUCUGUGACAUCAGAUAUCCGAUGCCAUAUGUCUCCCCUUGGCCAUAACCCCUCAAUGUUGGCAUGUAUAAAGGGUCUGGGUCGGUAUAAGCAGUGUAGCUAAGGGUAAAUCUUCCACCAUAUUUCUUCCACCUUACAGACAUGCAAGCGUGAAAUGGUUAGGGGCAAAGGGAGGGGAAGGAAUCGAACUGAGACCAGCUGAGACUGUACCAGAGAUAUUAGAGAGAGGAUGAAAUGGGAGUCCCAUUGGGCAAUGAAUGUAGGAAUGUAUAACGCUUCACCCAGUAGACUCACGGUGCAUUCUGGGCGAUUCUGGGACAAGGAGAGCUCUCCUUCAAGGAGUGAAUGGCAGUCAAUUUGGCGCUAGCUCAAAACCACAAAAUUAACAUGAAUAACCCUUUUCAUAACCUUAGCCUAAUUAUCCUAACCUGCUACGUAAAUUCUCCUAACCUGCUACGAAAAACGAAAUCUGAUGUUAAUUUUACAAAAGCUUGAUCCCUUCUAGCCAUAGCUGAGCUCUCCUUGUCCCAGGUUUUUUGUCUAUUUAUUUUUCUAGAACUGCCAAUUUUGUGGAAGUAGACACCACUUGUUCCUCAGACUCCUGUGGAUUUCAUCGUUUUGUACUUUUCAAUGUUCUAAGAUUAAUUUGUGGAUUUAGUUAAGCAGCUAUUUUGUGAUGCAUUGUUGCUCUUGUCAAAUCACUGGGAAAUGUUUUCAUUCUGUCAUUAAUUGGCUCUCUGACAAACGUGUUGAAUAAUUAAGGGAUGUAUUUUAAAAUAUUUUUUUGUCCAAUAUGAUGGAUGGAUAAUUCACCAACAUUUCAGAUUUUCAAAGGUUGAUAGAAAUAAAAUCUUGCUGCUCAAAUAAGUACAUUUUAGCUUUUUUGACCAUAUGCUUUCAUCUCCUUCAGCCAGCUCUCUGAGAGAGAAGAAAGACUGGUACCAGGUUAAAUAUGCAUCAACAAUUGUCGUUUCAAGAUUGUCAUUUAAAAAAAAUCGUUUUUUUCCCUCUGAUUUGCGUACUUUUACUGAUGUGGAGCGUUGUUUUAUUUUUUUUACAGUAAUAUAAUUUUGGACCAGUAGAUGAGGUCACAGCCCCAUAAAAAAAGGUUUAAAAUGUAGUGUUUAAUGCGGUGCUAUAUGUUAACUUGAUUUGUUUGUUUUGAUUAAACGUCUAUUUUUAUCCACAUGUACGCUAUUGUAAUCUGUUUUACGUCAUACAUAUGCGUCGGCCGGAUGUUGAAUUUCCAUUGCCUCUUGUUUUUGUUCCCGGUUAGAUACUGUUCAGCAGCUGGGUUAGGUACGCUUUUUGUGUUCGAAAUUGGCGAGAUAUUUGGUUAGUUUAAACAACUUUAAUAUCAAUUCAAACGGUGUUUGGACAAUUAACGCAGAGCCAUGUCUAAACGCGCUUCUUUUCACACACAACUGUCCUCCAUCAUGGAAAUACUGUCUAGAACCGCAAUGGCUCAUGUGUGUAAACUGGUUGACGACGAAUACGCGGGGAUAUCUUUAGAAAAUGAGUCUCUCACUGAGAAAUUGCAUAAUCUGGAAAGUGAACUGACAAUUGUGAAAAGCACAGCUCCCAAGCUGGCUGGAAACUAUCGCUCUGUUGGUGUUCAAACUGGUGAAACUAUCACCAGAGUAGACAGAGGGCUAAACGGAUCCCCCACCAUCGAAGGAAUAUUUGGGAAGGAAUGGUGUCUUGAUCUAUGGAACCAUGGGGAUCCCAACAGCACAGAGAACAGUCCACAACACACUGCCAAAUCAACAGGGGUGCCUUCGGGCCAAGCUGAUGUUAAAGAGGAGGAUUUUGAGGUGGAAAUCAUAAAAAGACACCCACAGGAAAGACCAACAAUAAUUUUAGAUGGAGAUGACGACUUAGUGGACAAUGGAAGAGAAGGGCCCUCCAACGUGUAUCCAUCCUUUGAUUCCUUCCGGCAGGACAGGCCAGAGAGACGGGAUAAACAGGUACUGGAGAUGUCUACUACGGAUGUCUCCACAGGACACACUUUACGUUUCAUAUCCAUCGACGGAUUGGAGGAGGAAUAUGGCGAACAUGUCUUUCCCAUUGAGGACGAUGAGACAAAUGAGUUCCUACCAGACGAUACCGAGCUGUUGCCCAACGAAGGACAAGAUGAACACAUCACAAAGCCAACGUAUGCAAAGAAGUCUUUAGCAAAGUCAAAAAGCAAAGCUGGGAAGACUUUCAGUUACUUUAACAGGUUUAACUUGCACUCCCAUAGUAAAUCCGACACAAACAAGUUAAGUUGUGUGAUUUGUAAGAAGACUUUCUUGCGGCAGAACCAUCUGACGAUGCAUAUGAAAUCUCACAAGUCACUGUACUGCAGUGUGUGUAAGAACUAUUAUCCUGGGAAAACUCAGCUCAAAAAACACAAAUGUGUUGCUCCCGAUUAUCUGGCCUCGAACAGCUCAAAGUACUUUUGUCAUUACUGCGGCAAGUCUUUCAGCUGUCCGUCAAGCCUGAGGAUACACCACCUGGUGCACACUGGAGAGAGACCCCACACGUGCACUGUCUGCGGGAGAGGAUUCACACAGAAGGGCAAUCUGAAAUGUCACAUGCGCCUUCACACUGGUGAGAAACCGUUCAAAUGCCUCACAUGUGAAAUUGGUUUCACCCAGAAAGUAUACCUCACUCAGCACUUGGCCAAAGCUCACGGUCAAAAGGAAGAAAAUAAGAAAAAGAAGACGCAAGUGCACAAAUGUUCUAAGUGUCAGUUGUCUUUCGUCAAUCAGCAACUGCUCCAAACACACAUGGCUGUUCAUAAAAAUAAAUGAAGUAUUUUUAGUUGAUUGCAAUACUCUUGACUUAAAGGGGCAAUCUACAGUUGCUACAUCCAUAACUUAUUUAUGCCUCAUAAGCUUAGUUGAACUGUUGUACACCAUCAGAACCCAAAAUAAGCUUGUAAAUAAACACUUUACAUUUGUCAUUUAGCAAGACGCUCUUAUCCAGAGCGACUAACAGGAGCAAUUAGGGUUAAGUUCCUUGCUCAAGGGCACAUCGACAGCUUUUUAAUCUUAUCAGCUCUGCGAUUUGAUUCAGUGACCUGGUUACUGGCCCAACGCUCUCAGCCACUAGGCUACAUGCCACUCUAAAUAGCCUCAAAACAUGGUUAAAACUAAUUUUGGUAUGGAUGGUCAGUCCUUGCAUCAAUAGCUCUAUGAAUUUGAGUGGUUAGCCUACAUUUCUCAAGGCCCAGCACUCAGCUUUUUACUGAAACGGGUGGGGAGGCCUCUAUCUGAACUGCUGAUUGCCCCUUUAAAGGAUUGUGUGUCUGCUCAAACUGGAGAACCAAAUACUGUCUAAUGUACGUCAUACUUCACAAUAUUGGCACAACCUUAACCCAACGACCUUGUCAAGGGGUUCGGAUCUGGAUGCUGGACCUGGGAGUCCCAGUCGGGAGACCCCCCCCCCCCCCCCAAAUACGCUACAGUAUGUUGUAGCCUUUAAGUGUAUUUUUUAUUACACUUCAUUUGUCUGAAUUAGCUACAACACUAACAGGAUGUUUUAGGCGAUCUGUUAUGAUUUACCUACAAAGGGUAAAUUAUGAAGUUUUAUUUUGCAAAGAACGUGGUGCAUGAGUAUUGCACUUCAUAAGUACUGUAAUGUUCACUUACCACUGUUCUAUAUUUUAGGCUCAAGGAUUGAACCUGCCAAUGUUUGGUGCAAGAUGGCAGUUGGUACUGUAUCUGCAUUGUCCUCUGUAUACAUUGGUACAAUUGACAUAAGAUCUCAUGAAAUGGAUGUUUUCAAUUUCUGUUCCCAGCAGUGCAUUUUGUACAUAAUGCUUCCAUGAUUGUGUCAGUUGUUUUUCUGGAAUAUUUAUCUGCUGUAAACUUUCAUAAUUAAAGCAGCAUUAAGGGUAUAACUUCA